CAUGAACAGUGCACAUAGAGAUUUGUACCAAAAUGCCAGAGAUAAAGUGAAGUCAUUGUUGGUUGUCAAAGUCAUAGUCAGCUCGCAAGUCGGCUUGAUCUCUUAACCUAAAAUGAAAGGAGGUGAAGAAUGGAGGAAGAGAUAGAACAAAGAAAAAGAAAACACCCUUCUAGGACAGGCAGCGACAACUCCUUGUUGAGAAAUGAUUCGACUUUUGAUAUGAUCCAAAAGGUAAUAGCGGAUGACCGACGCGAAGGUCAUUGUGCACCGGAGACAGUUAAUAAUGGAACUAGGUGAACAGAGAUGGGUGGAUGCUGUUACUGUGGCUUGUGUUUGGCUCAGUUGUAAGAAUG